CGAUUUUACACCAUUUUUCUGCAUUUUAUCUUCUUUAUCCAUUGGGGAUAUAACGCUGGCCUGAGCGGUUCACUCUGGUUUUAUUGAUUUAUUGGUUAGUAUAACACAUAAUAAACAGAGCUUUUCAGCUGGAGUUGAACAGUUCAAUCCUGAUGAAGUAUCAACUUUGAUGUGGUGUAAGAUUUUGAGAGUGUCUCGGAGGAUCCCUCUGGUGGGCGCGCGCACGUCAUCAUUUAAAAUCGAAAGUAAAAGAUGCUGCUGGAGUAAGUGCGCGCGCUGCGUGCUCUCUAUCCCGUUCGGUGCUGCGUGCUCUCUUUCCCGUUCGGAACGAGAGGAUCUUAAACGGAGUUACCCAUAAUGCCUUGAGAGAUCACAAGGAUGUCCAGCAGCAGCAUUAUAGUGUCAGUCAGUCCGUCUGAACUUCAGAAGAUAAACCUGGUUGUGUGUGGGAGUGAUGGAUCAGUAAAGUCCUCUGUAUCAGAUCUGAUCCUGGAUCAGGGAUCAAAGUUCAGUGCAGACUCUAGAUCAGUGUGUGUGAGGAGGGAGGCAGAAGUAUGUGGACGUCUGAUCACCCUGGUGGAGCUUCCAGCUCUCUACAGCUCUCAGCUCUCAGAGGAGGAAGUGAUGCGGGAGUCCCUCCGCUGUGUCUCUCUCUGUGAUACUGGAGUUCAGGCUUUUCUCCUCGUCCUUGCUGAGGGACGUCUCACUGAUGAAGAUAAAGGAGAACUGGAGAAGAUCCAGCACAUCUUCAGCUCCAGGUUCACCCAUCACACCAUAACUAUCAUCCCUACAGAGACCCAGCAGCAGGGGGCGGAGUUAGAUGAAGAUACAAGGACUUUUACUAAAACCUGCAGAGGAGGAUGUUAUAUCUUUGGCUCUGUUCCAGAUGUGUCUGGGUUAAUAGAUAGAGUUCAGCAGCUGCUGAUGGAGAAGAAUGGAGAUCUUUACACACCACAGAUGUUCCUGAAUGGACAGCUGGAGACACAGCUUAGAAGAUACAAUAGUAAAGUUGCAGAGAUGACAACAACUAUUCAGAAUUUGGAGAUGAAGAUUCAGACUUUUUCAGAAGGGAGAAGACGAGAUGCUUUGAGGAUUGUGCUGCUGGGGAGAACAGGAUCAGGGAAGAGUGCUACAGGAAACACCAUCCUAGGAAAAGAAAACACAUUUGAACAUUCAUCAUCCUGCAUUUGUCAAAAGGAAACAGCUGAGGUCAACGGAAGGCAGAUUACUGUGAUUGACACUCCAGGGCUGUUUGAUACUCGAGUUGGAAAUGUGGAGAUCCAGAAGGAAAUUACUAAAAGCAUCUUCAUGGCAGCUCCAGGUCCACAUGUGUUUCUGCUGGUUCUGAAAGUCAGACAGAGAUUCUCAGAGGAGGAAAAAGGAACUGUAGAGAUAAUCCAGAACAUUUUUGGAGAAGAGUCAGUGACCUACACCAUGCUGCUGUUCACUGGAGGAGAUCUUCCUAAAGACACAAUCUUUAAGUAUUUUGGAGAAGCAGGAUCUGAUAUUAGAAAUCUGAUUACAAAGUGUGGAAACAGAAUACACUUCUUCAAUAACAAACAGAUUAGAGACAGAACCCAGGUCACUGUUUUACUGGAGAAGAUUGACUCCAUGCUGGCAGUGAAUGGAGGGAGCUGCUACACUAAUGAGAUGUUCCAGCAGGUGGAGAAAGAAAAUCAGGAGAGAAUUCUGAAGGAGAAAGAGGAGGAGAUCAAGCGAGAGAAAGAAGAACUGAGAGUCAGAUUUGAAGCAGAGAUAGAAAGAAUGAAGACCACACUUCAGGAGGAAAUCAAAUACGAGAGAAAGAGAAGAGAGGAAGAGUUUAAAGAGAGAGAACAUCAACUGGAGGAAAAACACAGACUUAGAGGUGAGGAAUAUGAAAACAGAAGAAAAGAGGAUGAGAAAAGAACCACCGAGAGAGAGAGAGCAAUUUUCUCCCAGCUGGAGAGAAACCAAGCAGAAUUUGAGAGGCAAAGACAUGAAGAUCAAAAAAGGAGAGAACAGGAGGAUGAGAAAAGGAGAGAGAGAGAAGAGCGAGAGGAGGAGAAAAGGAGAGAGAGAGAGAAUCAAGAGGAGGAAAAAAGGAGAGAGAGAGAGAAUCGAGAGGAGGAAAAAAGGAGAAAUAGAGAAGAGCGAGAGAAGAGAGAAUGGGAGGAGAGAAGAGAAAAAGAAAGAGAAGAAUAUAAGGGGAAGUUAGAGGAGCUGAAGAGGAAUCUUGAAGAGAAAGAGAGGAAGAGAAGUGAUCUGAAGCAGAGAAUAAAACUCUCAGAAGAGAAACACAUGAAGGAACUUGAAGAACUAAAACAUCAUCUGGAGAUCCGAAUCCAAGAGGAAGUAAAAACUAAAGAAAAGCUGAUUGAGGAACAUCAGGAGGAAAUAGAGAGAGUGAGGAAGAGCAUGGAGGAGAAGGAUCUUCAGCUGAAGAAGACGAUGGAGGAGAAACGAGCCGGUGGAAAUGGUAGAAAGCAGAACCAGAAGAAACAGAAGGAAGAAAAAUCAGAAGUCUUCAAUAAAAGAUUAAUAGAAUACCUCUUCAGGAAUCUUGGACUUGAGGACACAUUUAAGAACAGGCUUAGCAGAGCUCACUUUCUCGAAAUAACCCCAUCAUCAUUGCACAAUGAAAAUCCCAUAAACGAACAAUGUCUUGUUCAUGCUUUCAUGCAGCAAAUUUUAAGAACAGAUUACAGAGGAAGACAUUUAUCUGUCAAAUCAGAAAGUCCAGCACCAAAGUCUCAACACGCAGCUGGUAAAGAUGUGAAUGGUGAAAACAAACAGGUCAAAGUUCAUCCAAUGGAUGUUCAGAUGGCAGUGUUCCUCUGUUCAGAUGCUUUUCUUCAGCAGAUCAUGGUAACUAAGCUCUCUCAGUGUCAGUAUGCAGUUCCUCUGCUGGUUUCAAAUCCUUAUACUGGAGAUAUUGAAUUGCCACUGUGGACGAUGCGUCAGAUCAGUAAGAGCUGGAAGACCACAGAUAUUUCAGGCAGAGUCAUCAGUAAAACCCUGCCCAUGUACAAAGCUCAAACUCCAAUGGUGGUGUUCUUCAGGAUUGGCUCCAUUUCCUCAUCCAAGUCUCAGCUGAUGAACAGGCUGAUCAAUGAGAAGCAUGACACGUUCUUCCACAGGGACUGUCCAGGCAGCAGCAGAGAGCGUCUACUGAUGGACGGAGUGGUGGAGAUCGCUUGGUACCUCCCAUCUGGAAAAAGCACUGAUCAUUUCUCAGACUGUGUAGCGUUCUGUAAUCUACAUGGAGAUUCCAGCAUCAACGAGACUCAGAGAAAGAUUCUUACAGAAAUGUCCUCUGUGAAUGUUGCACUAUUACCUCAACUUGAUGAGAAUGACAACAAUAUGGUCAUUGUGAAGGAACUCUGUGAGACUACAAAACCUCUCAUUGUUGUUCUGACUGAUGAAGAGGAUGAAAAUGAAAAUGAUGUGUGUAAAAUCGGAAAGAGAAAAUACAGAAUAUCACUGAAGGGCAGAAAUCAGUCUGAUGUUUCUGUUGCUCUUAGAGAAGUUAUCAAGAACUGCCUCUCAAAACAGCCUGUGACUUUCAGUCUGGAGAAGAUAGCAGAACACUCAGAGAUAAAGGUGGAUGAGAAUAAUGAAGACUGUCAGAGAGGAAAGGAAGCUGCACAGGAGAUGAUGAGAUUCCUGGAGACAGAGGAUCCAUCAGCAGUCAAAGAAAAGUAUCUGCCCUGCCAGGGGAAACUGUGGCAUGACUGGAGUCAAAAAAACAAAGAUCUACAACGUCUUAGAAUUGAAACCACAGAAAUAGAGAAAAGCAAAAUGAAAAUGAAAGAAAUAAGAAGGAAACAGCAGAGUCAUGGUUUCAAUGAACUCAUGAAGUUGUUUGUAGGAAGUUUAAGGUCACUGUCAGACAGUGAGAAAAUGUAUUUCCUCAAGUGGAUGACAAUCCUGCUGGAUGACUUCACUUCUGAUACACUCUCUGACAUCCUUCAGGAGUACAACCAAAAAUGGUCAGAAUUGCUGGCUUUGAAAAAAACACACAAUAAAGAAAUUUCACAGAAACUGAAAACUGAACAGCAAAAUCUAGAAAAGAUCUCCAAUAAGCUUAUUGCUGCCACCUUUGGUUUGGAGCACAUACUGAGAGAGAUGGGUCAGAUUUAUGAAGCUUCAGUCUCUGAGAGAAGAGAGGAUAGAGUGAAGGAUGGAGAUCUUUCUUACCUUCCUGAACUUGCUGCUGAACUCCUGAUAUCUGGCCACCCGAUGGAGCUGAUGGACGGUGAUGCUGCUCAUGUUCCUCUGGUUUGGGUUUCAGCAGUUCUGGAUGAGGUCAUCAGAAAACUGGGAGACCAGAGAGUCUUUGUGUUGUCAGUUCUGGGAAUUCAGAGCUCAGGGAAAUCUACCAUGCUCAACGCCAUGUUCGGACUCCAGUUUGCAGUCAGUGCUGGAAGAUGCACCAGAGGAGCCUUCGUGCAGCUGGUGAAAGUGUCUGAGGAGAUGAAGGGGGAACUAAAGUUUGACUACAUUCUGGUUGUUGAUACUGAAGGUCUCAGAGCUUUAGAGCUGGCUGGAACAGAUACCUUACAUCAUGAUAAUGAACUGGCAACAUUUGUUGUAGGUCUUGGAAACAUGACUUUGAUCAACAUUUCUGGAGAAAACCCAUCAGAGAUGCAGGACAUCCUUCAAAAUGUUGUUCAGGCCUUCAUGAGGAUGAAGAAGGUCAGACUGAAGCCCAGCUGUGUGUUUGUUCAUCAGAAUGUUACUGAUGUUGCAGCUGGAGAGAAAAACAUGGAGGGAAGAAGACGAUUACAGGAGAAACUGGAUAAAAUGACCAAGUUAGCUGCUAAACAUGAAGUCUGUGAUGCAGAAUGUUUCAGUGAUGUCAUUGCAUUUGAUGUACAGAAGGAUGUGAAGUAUUUUUCUCAGCUCUGGGAGGGCAGCCCACCCAUGGCUCCACCAAACCCACGCUACAGUGAAAAUGUUCAGGAGCUGAAGAGAGACAUUGUUUCUCGUGCAUCAAAAACAAACUGCAUGAAAUUAUCACAGUUUCAGCAGCGAGUGAAAGAUCUCUGGGAGGCUCUGCUGAAUGAAAACUUUGUCUUCAGUUUCAGGAACACACUGGAGAUAUCAGUGUACAGGAAACUGGAGGAGGAGUAUGAGAAAUGGACCUGGAGUCUCAGGAGUGCCAUGCUGAGUAUUGAAGACAAGAUGCUGAACAGAAUCUCCAGUGGAAAAGUGGAACCAGUGGAAAAACAAGAGCUGAUGAGAGAAAUGUCAGAAACCCUGCAGAAAGUCCAAACAUCAUUUAAAAAGUAUUUUGAAGAAGACAGUGAAAAGGAAACUCUGAUUCAGUGGAAAAGCAGAUUUGAGAAACAAAUACAACACCUCCAUGAUGACCUUGUAGAUGAGGCCAAAAGAAAACUGGAUGAGAACAUCAAACAGAAAAACAUUCGGACAAAUCUGGAUGAGCAGCUGAAAAAUCAUGAGAAGAUCCUCUUUGAAAAGAGUAAAGAACUCGCUCUGAAACUUAAAGAAGACAGGAGCAAAAACAGAGAUCCAAAAGCAGAAUUUGAUUCAGUGUGGGGAAAGUGGGUCUCUGAAUUAACUAAAGAUGUUCCAGAAAUCAAAGAUAUAAACAUCUCAAAUGAUGUCAUUAACAUUUUGGGGGAGGAGAUUUAUGAAAAUGGCCUUGUUUUUGAUCAAAAGAAAAGUGCUGCUUACAGAAGGAUUGCUAUUGAUAAUUACCAAAACUAUGUCUCUAUUAAAAAGAACAUGAUUGUAAAAGCUUUAGAAACAUUACAUUCAAUGGAAAAGUCUCUUAAUCCAGAAGAUCAGAUAUCAAUUCGGGAGCUGAUUUCUAAAGCCAUUCAACACACAACAGAAAAAGUGAAUUCAUUUCCAGUCUCAGUGCAGGGCUACAGCUCAGUCUACAUCCAGGAGAUUGCACGUGAUGUUAAACAACUAGUGCAGGAGUUUAAACCAAGACGUGACUCCUUUGAGUUUAAGAAAGAGUUCUUUGUUGAUCUCUCUCUUUAUGUGUGUGAACAAGCUGAGAAACGCUUUGUAGAACUUCACAGGAAAUACAGAGAAGCAAAUGAUCCAAUUCUUUACUUCAAAAUGAAAAAAACUGAGUACUUUAAAGUCUUCAUGAACUACUAUCAGGGAGCAACAUCUGCAGCAGUGCUUGGAGACCAAAUCUGUGUUCAGCUGAAAGAAACAAUCCUGCAGAGUGUGUACAACAUGAUCUCUAAAUUCAUCUGUGAUCAGAUGAGAGGAAAAUCUCCAUUUAAUGGGAACAGAGGAGAUCUGGAGAAGCACAUUCUGAAAUCUCUGGCAGAGCAGGAGGGUGAUAAGGAGGAGAAGUUUAAUAACUUCUUAACAUACAUGAACCAGCCGAAGAUCCACUUUGAAAAUUUCAUCAGAGACCGAGUUAGACAGUACAUGGCAGCAGAAAACCCUCAGACAGCUUCUGUAAUAAAAGAACACAUCGACCACAAACAGAGAAUUAUCUUCAGUGUAGCAGAAAAGGCCAGAGAUGAAGUUAAACUCAUCAGAGGAAAUGUGAACAAGUGGCUGAAAAUUUUCUCCAACAGUCUUGUAGAUGAGUUAGGAGAUAUUCAUAAGGAUCUAAGAAUUCAUCUCAGUCAUGAUGUCACUGAUUAUGAUGUUAUUGUGGAUGUUGUUAAAAAGGAGCUUCCACUUGUUGUUAAAGAGCUGAAAGGAAGCUUCUGUAGGUUUUCAGAUCUGAGAAAGGAGAUGUUCAGAGAAAAGCCUGAGGAGAUUCUGAUUAAACACUUCUGUAGGUGCUGCUGGAAGCAGUGUCCCUUCUGUGGAGCCGUCUGUACCAACAGUCAAGAAAAUCACACUGGAGAUCACCAGGCUGAAUUUCAUCGCUCAGGUUGUAUGACUGGAAAGAGUCAUAUGAAUACAACUGAGUUUGAUAUAGAAUUUUGUACAACAGUAGUAGUAAGUGAAAGGUCUUUUAACCCACAGCAUAAUUCUAAUGAGUCUGUCCCGUACAAGCAGUACAGAUCAGCAGGAGGAGAUUAUGCUGAAUGGAGCAUCUCUGCAGAUUUUUCUGAGCUGGUGUACUGGAGAUGGUUUAUUUGUGAAUUCCAGAAAAACCUUGAAAAAUACCACAACAAAACUUUCAGUGGAAGAGGAGAGAUUCCUACUGCAUGGAGAAAAUACACUCUGUCUGACGCUGUUGCAAGUUUAGGAAUAAGAUAAUAAAUCUGAAGUAUUCUGACAAUGAGAGGAUUAUAUAUAAUCAGACAUGAUUAUUUAAAACAUCCAGCCAUAUUUAAACUAGAUAAACGUAACAUAACCUUACUGGAGAAAAGCCAAAGAAGACCUCAUCAGAAUUCCUAAACUGAACAUAAAUGUGUUCGAUG